UCAUUAAAAAAAAAGAAGAAACAAUAAGUAUGGGAACAAAUUAUCAGAAAAGUUAAACUUGCAAAAUUAAGAUACGCUAGCGCAUCUGACAAGUGAUUCCUUUACUAACAGUACAGUCAUAGAAGAGAAGGGGUAACUACCACUCCGAAAGGCUGGCAGGUAGAAAAAGUAAAUUAGAUAGGGGUAGCUUUCUCAUUUUAUACCGAUACUUUGAAGAGUAAAGUGCUUGUCUCAUUGUCAAAUUUGAAGUUUCGUGUUGUGUUUUGUGCAUAUAUCUGAAAAUGACGACCAAAAUCUCGAAGAAGAAUGGGAUCAGCAAACCGAAAAUUUCCAUUAAUUUAACAAAGGUGGCAAUUUCCACUUUAGAAACCUUAAAAGCAGGAAAUUUGAGAAAUGUGGUUGUUGUCGGAAACUUCAUUGAAAAUAAGGCGAGUCUGCUGAAAGAGCUAAAAAAUUUAUCAAGCCCACCGAACAGUUCAGCAACGAAGAAAAAGUCUCCAGGCCUUCUCAAAGAAAAACUGGAGAAGGCAUCACGUAUGAAGAGUAUUUUAGAAGAGGCUGUACAAGGGGAUGCAGAAAAAGCGCAUAACGAAUUGUCAGAAUUAUGUGAAGAGAGGAAGAAACAAGUUGAAUUCAGGCAUCACAAUUUUAUAUCCACUACUUCUCCCCUUGCUGCGUCUACUUAUAAUUGCCCAAAUCGCAGAAGAAAAGGAAAGAAGAAGCACAGAAAAAAUAGACACUGA